AUGAGUAAUGGUCAAGAAAUUUUAAAGCAUAAUGACAUGAAACAAACGACCGGUCCAGGAAGGCGCCGCGGAGCAGGGGGCGGUGCCGGCCGGGGAGACUCCGGACAGGGGCGGGGGCAGGGGAAGGCGCGGGCGGGGAGAGGCUGCGGCACGGCGGGCUGCAGGUCCCGAGCCCUGCCCCGCGGGGAAGUGGCUGAGGCCCGGCGAGAAUUCCAGCCCGGAGCAGGCGGGCUGGCGGUGCUGGGGAACCCGGCGCAUCCUCCACAGCUGCUGGCCCUGGGUGCUAAGCCCCUCACUGCCCAGGGCGGUGGCGCCAGCCUGGCCCCUCAGAGUGCAGGGCCGCAGAGGUCGAGCCCACCCGGAACUUGCGUUGGCCUGCGUGUGCCGCGCGCAGCCUCAGUUCCCGCCUGUGCGUCUCCCUCCACACCUCCCCACAAGCAGAAGGAGCCGGCUCGGGCCUUGGCCAGACCAGAGACGGGCUCCCACAGUGCAGCGGCGGGGCGAAGGGCUCCUCAAGCGCGGCCAGAGUGGACGCCGAGGCCGAGGAGGCACGGAGAGCGAGCAAGGGCUGCCUGCACGCUGUCACCUCUCAUUAAGACUCCCCGUGGAAUAGAGUUGUUGUUCAGCAGAAAUAAUCAAGAGUUGAAAUUAUACCAGGUAAAAAAUAGAAGCAAUAAUUUUGAAGGUGCUGUCAGAAGAGUUAUUGAAGUGGUCAUGAACUCUAAAGUUACAGAGGCAAUUAUGUAAAGAUAAAAGAUAAAGGUACGUAGUACAAAAUAGAGGAU